GUUGUUUUGCACACGACACUGAUUUCGCUUUUUCUUUUGUUGGUACCGGCGAACCAAGCUCAUCGUCUUUUAUAACAUUAUUAUCAUUUCGUUUCUUCGUCUGUCACCUCCAGGAGGCUUUAUCAACCUACAAUGAGUAGCACUGCUGGAAAGGUCAUCUCGUGCCGGGCCGCAGUCGCUUGGGAGCCCAAGAAACCGCUCUCGAUCGAAACGAUCGAAGUGGCCCCUCCGAAUCCGGGUGAAGUUCGGAUUAAGGUGGUCGCGUCCGGCGUCUGCCACACCGAUGCGUACACGCUGGAUGGACACGAUGCGGAGGGCGUGUUUCCGGUCAUUCUGGGUCACGAAGGUGCCGGAAUUGUGGAAAGUGUCGGCGAAGGGGUUACCAAGUUUAAGGAGGGUGACCACGUAAUUCCGCUCUACAUUCCGCAGUGCUUCGAGUGCAAGUUUUGCAAGUCGCCGAAGACGAACCUGUGUCCGAAGAUUCGCGCGACGCAGGGAAAGGGAUUGCUUCCGGAUGGAACGUCCCGGUUUACGUGCAAGGGCAAGGAGGUGUUCCACUUUAUGGGAACUUCGACGUUCUCGGAGUACACUGUUGUGGCGGAGAUCUCGUUGUGCAAGAUCAACGAAACUGCGCCCUUGGAUAAGGUUUGUCUGCUGGGUUGUGGCAUUCCGACCGGGUAUGGAGCCGCGCUUAAUACGGCCAAGGUUGAGCCGGGGAGUAGCUGCGCCAUCUGGGGACUUGGAGCGGUUGGAUUGGCCGCAGCAAUGGGUUGCAAGGCUGCCGGAGCGACCCGGAUCAUCGGGGUGGACAUCAAUCCGGACAAGUUCAAAACGGGAGAAAAGUUUGGCUGCACGGAGUUUGUGAACCCGAAGGACUACGACAAACCAAUUCAGCAGGUUCUGAUUGAGAAGACCGAUGGUGGACUGGACUACACCUUUGAAUGCGUUGGCAACACCCUGACGAUGCGUGCCGCGCUGGAGUCCUGCUGCCGUGGUUGGGGAACUUCGGUUAUCAUUGGAGUAGCCGAGUCGGGCAAGGAGAUUGCCACGCGUCCGUUCCAGCUGGUUACCGGAAGGACGUGGAAGGGAACGGCUUUCGGAGGAUGGAAGAGUGUCGAAAGUGUGCCGAUGCUUGUGGAGCGUUAUCUGAAGAAGGAACUGAUGGUGGAUGAGUUCGUAACGUAUAACAUGGCGGUCGAGGAAAUUAACGAAGCAUUUAAAUUAAUGCAUGAGGGCAAGAGCAUUCGAUCGGUUGUUAAUUUCUGAAUGUUUGCAUAGAAUGCUGUAACGUACAAGUGAAUACAUGAAUAUUUUUGUUUUCUAAUUUUCAUAAAA